AUGCCGAGUAAUCUCAUACCCAACACCAAAGGGUACGAUGAGGCCCGCGCGAACGACCCGCGAUCAGAAGAAAGUAAAAAGAAGGACCUCAUCUCCCGGGGCGACUACACACCAACCCCCGUUGGGAAGCUCGUGUUUGUGCUUGCGCGGGCGAUCGACCCAUUCAUACAAUACUCCAUAUUGCAGGGUGCAGGAACAGGACUUCUGCACCAGAUCGGAUUGCGCACGCUGCCACCCGGCAUUCCUUCGAGCACCGGCAUAAGCGCCCUCGAUGGACUUGGCCUAUCCCCAUAUCGGCUUGUACUGCUGGGUAUGGCUGUUGGAAGCGCUGUGAAGCAGGGCAUAUGGGCAGUUGCUGUGUCAGGAGAACCCAUGAACGUCAGCAACGCCAUCGCGAUCUCCGUUUUCAACACCGUAUUUAACAGCAUCAACUCAUACGCCUUCAUCAUCCGUGCGACUUCUGCAUCGCUCGAAUCCGAUUUCCCCCAGCCAGCACUCCUGGUGGGUGGCGCGCUAUACGUGACAGGUCUUCUCACAGAGUUCAUCUCUGAAGUACAGAGGAAGCGAUUCAAGAUGGAUACCAAGAACAAGGGCAAGCCAUAUACCGGGGGCUUGUGGAGCUUUGCAAGGCACAUCAACUACGGAGGCUACACCAUCUGGAGAGGCGCGUACGCUCUGACUGGAGGAGGCUGGAUUAUGGGCGCUAUUGUUGGGACGUUUUUCUUCGUCGACUUCGCCAGGCGCGGUGUGCCCGUCCUCAACGAAUAUUGUGAGAAGAGAUACGGGGAGGACUGGGACAAGUUCAAGAAGCAGACUAAGUAUCGUCUAAUUCCUGGUAUCUACUAG